AAGGAAAAAAUCUCUCUUUAGUAGUUUUACCAAACCUCGUCUAAAUUCCUCCUCCACCGCCAUCUCUCCUGAAUUCCAACCAAUAUGCCUCCCCAUGACCUCCACGACUACCACCAACACCGCCCACACGGUGGUGCUUCGCCGCAAUCCCUAGCGCCAAAAUCAAACCCAAAAGUCCUUUCCAUGAUUCUCAAAGCCAUAAUAAUGACUGCCAUAACCACCCUUUUCUUUUUAUUCCUAGGAGUCGCUGCCAUCCUUCUCCUUCUCGCCACCGCUGCCUUCCAUCGUCACUCUGGGCCUUCUGAUUCUGCAGAUGGGUUGUCUCCCAAAGGCCUAAAGAAGCUGCCACAAUUCAAAUUUUCUCGAAGAACGAAACCUGAGGACGAAGCCGAUUGUGUGGUUUGUUUGGAAGGGAUAAGGCAAGGCCAAUGGUGCAGGAAACUUAUCGCUUGUGGUCAUGUAUUCCAUAGGAAGUGUAUAGAUGCGUGGCUGAUUAAGGUCUCUGCUUGCCCCGUUUGUAGGACACGGGUUUGGUUGGAUUCGGGGACUCUUCCGGCGGAUAGGCCGCUGUGGGGAUUUGGUUGGACUAGUGAAUCUAGAGUAUGGUAGAUAUUGUAAGUUCUUGAUCCAAAUUUAAACUCUUUGUUUUGGUACCAUAUCUGAUUUAGAAUUUUGAAUUUGCAA